AUGCAUAUGAUCGUGCAUGCGUUGUUUGUGCCGUAUUGUAUGCAUAUAAGCUUUGCAUUCAUGCAUAGCCAAAGCCAAAGCAUUUUGUUCAGGUACGCACAAACUCAGAAACCCAUGGCGGGCAGAGUUCUGUUCAUUGACUUUUGCAAAGUGUUGGAAAGAAUCAGCCUGACUCCAAAACGCUUGGAAAUCCAGAAUAUCUUGACCGAUCACCUCAAGGACGUAUACAGAGAUGCUCCAGAAGCACUGGUUGCUGUUUUGUAUCUCUCCACAGCCACUGUGUAUCCAGAGCAUUUCAACAUUGAGCUAGGCGUGGGAGAAGGCAUGCUGAUGGGAGUUGUUGCUGAAUACACAGGCAAGUCAGUUGCAGGCAUUAAGGACGAAUACUUCAAAGAGGGAGAUUUAGGGAUCGUUGUAAUGAAAUACAGAGUAUCUCAACUGUUCAUCUCGCAGGUACAACUUGAUGUGCAGGCUGUGCUUGACGGGCUAAGACGAGUGUCUGCAGAACAGGGCACAAAGUGUGUUGCUGUGAAGAAGAUGAUCAUUCUUGGGAUGAUGUCGAAGUGCUCGCCUCUUGAAGCAAAGUAUCUGGUCAGGCUUAUCGAAGGAAGGCUCAAGAUUGGGCUGGCAUUGAAAACAGUGUUGAUAAGCCUUGCUGGAGUGUUUUCAGAAGAUAUGGCAUAUGAAGUCAAGUCUGCAUUUAACCGGCAGCCAGACAUUGGAAGAUUGGCAGAAUGCGUUGUCGAUCAUGGAAUUGCAGGCCUUAGAGAACACUUCCAGGUGACGCCAGGAAUUCCACUGAAGCCAAUGCUUGCGAACUCUUCGAAUGGAAUAACAGCAGCAUUCAAAAAGGUUGAAGGGCUUGAGUUCAUCUGUGAAUACAAGUAUGAUGGAGAACGGAUCCAGAUCCAUAAGUAUGGAAGCAAAGUGGAAACAUUCAGCAGGAAUUCAGAAAAUAGCACUGAGAAGUAUCCAGACCUGAUGGAUGUGUACAAUGUGUGUGAAAAGGACUUCAUUGUUGACGGUGAGGUGGUUGCAUACGACAGGAACGAGAAGAAGAUCCUGCCAUUUCAGACAUUGACAACAAGAAAGCGAAAGAGGGUUAAUGAAAAGAAGAUAGAUGUGUAUGUGUGUGUUUUUGUGUUUGAUUUGAUAUACUUUGAUGGGAGGUCGUAUGUUGAUGAGCCGCUGGAGAAGCGAAGGAGCACCCUCCGCAAUGAGUUCAAACAGAUUGAGGGCAAGUUCUGCUUUGCAGAGUCAGUGGACUGCAAAAAGGCAGAGGAUGUUGAGCAGUUUUUUGAAAAGUCUGUUGAUGGGAAUUUUGAAGGCAUAAUGAUGAAGACCCUGGGCACUGAUGCUGUGUACCAUCCAUCGCAGAGAAGCAACAAGUGGAUCAAGAUCAAGAAGGACUACCUGGAAAGCAUGUCUGAUUCGUUGGAUUUGGUUGUUAUGGGAGCAUACUAUGGAAAAGGGAAACGAACAGGAUGGUAUGGUGGGUUUUUGCUUGGUGUGUAUAAUGAUGAGGAUGAUAAGUUUGAGAGCCUGUGCAAGAUAGGAACGGGGUUUGCAGAUGCAUCUUUGGAGAACAUAUAUGAACAGUUGAACAGUAAUUUAUGUGCUGCACCGAAGAAUUAUGUAUACAAGGACAGUGCCAAGCCUGAUGUGUGGGUGGAAGCGAAGUAUGUAUGGGAGGUUAAAGCAGCUGGCAUUUCGGUCUCGCCAACAUACUGUGCUGGUGCAAUGGAUGGAAAGGGAAUGUCUUUGCGGUUUCCAAGGUUUGUGAGGGAGCGAGGAGAUAAAGAUGUGAGGGAUGCAAGCACGUCUGCACAUAUAAGGCAGAUGUAUCUUGAUGCAAAUGUAGAGGAUUCUGAGGAUUUUUGCUGA